GCCGCAUAUCCAUCAGCCGCAGCACUACACCGAGUACCUACAGAGGACUUCACGAGAGUUGAACGGGUGUUUGUUUGUCCCUGUAGCCGGUAACAUCCUGUGCGCCGCGGUCAGGUACUUCACUUUGUAUCACGGAAAACCAAAGAUAGAGGCAGAUAGUCAGUGAAAGAAGAGAGAGAGCGCCGUUUGUGUUUGUACGUUUGCUGAUUGGCUGAACCGUGACCGCUCUGCCCACUGCGUGCUACACAGGGAGCCGCGCGCAGAUAUAUUGGCUGCACAAACUCGAGCCACUCUCUAUAGUUUCCCACUCCGCCGGUACCCCCGAGGGCGCGCGCGGACGAGGAAGGCGCAGAACGACUUAAAGUUCGUUAAAGAUAACACAGAGUCCAUGGCUGCCUCCGCAUACAGCAGCUGCGCGUGGAUGUUGGUUCUGGGCGCGUGUGUGUCGCUGGUGGUCGGAACAGACUGUGGGAAGGAGUGUGCACUGUGUGUGUACCGUCUGCUGGGACAGCAGUCUGGUUUCUCCUCCCUGACAUGCUCACUUGAAUGUGAUGGUGGGUUGGACAGUCAGAAGCUCCGUCUGUGCCGGGACUUCCUAUUGGAGGAGGAAAAUCAUAUUCCUCUGGAUGCAGACCCCCGCCAACAGCAGGAACAGGAAGCAGUGGGCACCAUAAUGGCUGACAAUGAGGAUGCAACAUCACCAGAACACCAGCUGGCCAAGAAGUACGGCGGCUUCAUGAAGCGCUAUGGUGGUUUCAUGUCUCGCCGUUCCUCCUCUCCAGAAGGGGCACUGGAGGAUCCCGGAAACCAGGAUGAGGAAGAAAAUAUUCGCUUGGAGAUCCUCAAGCUCCUUAAUGCUGCAGCCGAGCACGGUAGUGAGGGGGAUGGUCAGGGAGGCGAGGCAAUGAAGAGAUACGGAGGCUUCAUGCGUCGAGCUGAAGGAGGGGUGGCGCAGAGUGACCUGCUUGAGGCGGUGUUAGGCCGCGGGCUCAAGAAGCGCUAUGGAGGGUUCAUGAGGCGCGUGGGCAGGCCUGAGUGGCUGGUGGACAACAGCAAGGGUGGGGGGGUGUUGAAACGGGCUUGGGAGAAUGGCAACGAGCUACAGAAGAGGUACGGGGGGUUCAUGGACUAGAGUGCCACAGUUAUGACCCUUCAAUCCCCCAUCCCUCUCACCCUCUCUCUUCAGUCACUUACCUUGUAGUCUGGACUUGUUGGUGUUUGAAUCAACUGCCCACUCCCUCUGCUAAUUACACUGUAUCAUCUGGCUUUGUAUAAUGCGCUGCUGCCUACUUCAUUGGAUCAAUUGGUCCUGUAAUGAUAAAAAAGACAAACAUAUAUUGUUCACAUGUACACAAAUCAUUUUUUGGUCUGUUUUUGGUUUUCAUGAUGAUAUUAUUUAUUAAAAGAAUCUGUUGAUCGAG